AUGAGUUCUUCAAACCCUUACAGUUAUCCUCCUAAUACUUAUAUGGAUCUGUUGAAUUCUCAACAGGAUUCUCAGCCUAAUCAGUAUACCACCCCACUCCCUUCUCAACCUGUCGACUCUAUCCCCACAUUCUCUUCUCAGCCUGUCCAAAUUAGCACACCAUCUGUCACCGAAGACUGUAUUGACCUUAGUGUCGACGAGAAUGAAGAAGAAGCUGGUAGAGGAAGUAGGACAAGGUGGAGUUCCGAGGAGGAUAUUACUCUCAUCAGUGCCUGGUUAAAUACCAGCAAAGACCCGAUUGUUAGUAAUUUGCAGAAGUUCGGUUCCUUCUGGAAGAGAGUUGCCGACUACUUCCAAGCAAGUGAGAGGGCAUCGAGUACACAUACUAGAGGGCCGUCGCAAUGUAAGGCUAGGUGGAACAAGAUAAACCACCAAGUGAACAAAUUUGUUGGGUGUUACACACAAACCAGUGCAAGAAGGAAGAGUGGAGAAUCUGAAGAUGAUGUUAUGUCUAUGGCAUGUCAGCUUUACAAGAAUGAUAUGCAUAAGCCAUUUGUUCUAGGGCAUUGCUGGAGGGAACUCAAGCAUGAUCAGAAAUGGAUCUCGCAGGACUCAAACAAGAAGCCUAAGCUUGAUUCAGACGGAUCAUAUGUUUCCACUUCAACAAAUGAUGGCGCUGAACAGAGGCCUCCGGGUGUUAAAGCUUCGAAGAAGAAAGGUAAGCAACCGGUAGUUAGUAAUGAUGGUGAGGAUGUUUCUACGAGAAAACUGGAUAAGAUUAUAGCCAUGAAGGAUAAGGAACAAGAGGCAAAAGAUAGGCAAGGCAAAAUGAGAUUGCUUGAGAGUCUCCUUAACAAGCCUGACCUUACACAAGCUAAAGUUACACUCAGAGACAAGCUAACUGACCAACUGUUGUCAAACACUUAG